UUGCAGAACAGAAACGAACAGUGACAGUAGUAGUAGAUUAGGUUGUAGUAAUUCGGAACAAUAUAAGUUUGAAAUCAGUUUCAAGAUGGUACGUAAGCACAAAAGGAAGAAAGAAACACAACUUUGUACAGAAAGCCAAUUCAAGGAUGCCAUCUCCCAACUGCAAGGAAAGUCAUUAAGAAAAGUGAGCAAGGAAACUGGUAAUUCUAAAACAACAUUACAUAACUAUCAUAAGAUAUCAAAAGCAUCACGAGACAUCCCACUGAAACCAAUGUGCCAUGGCAAUCAAAUACUGUCAAGAGCCCAAGAAAAUGAACUUGCUGAAUACUUAGUUGAAACUCAAAAAGAGGGAUAUGCUCUUACUCCCAAAUUGUUGAAGGAGUUGACAUUUUCGUACGCCCGAUAUAAUGGCAUUGUCAUUCCUUCCAACUGGUCGAAAAACGGUUGUGCUGGAGCCGAUUGGUUUACAAAUUUCAUGAAACGCCAUCCUCGGUUAACACUUAGAAAGCCGGAAGGAACUAGCAUAGCGAGAGCCGGUGCCCUGAACAAUCCAGUAAUGGAGAACUUCUACGACCAACUUGAGGUGUUGUACAAGAAAUACGAUUUCACAGAUGAUGAAAUUUUCAACAUAGAUGAAACUAACGAUCCUACAGUUUUAGAUUCCGAGAAAGUUAUUGCUGAAACAGGAACACAUCAGGUUUAUUCCAAUAUAGGUUCAGAAAGAGGAAUAAAUGUGACAAUGUGCCCAAUGGACGUAGUUCCGCACGGAUGGCUUCCGUUGGCAAAUCAAUUCGGGUGGAUGGAUGAAAGUGAUUUUCUUCUUCUUUUUUUGAAGCACCUCAGGAGUCAGAUUACUUGUUCGCCUACAAAGCCAGUCUUGGUGUUCGUUGACGGCCACAGCUCUUAUGUUGGUUAUUCUGUUGUGAUGUAUUGCAAAGAACAAGGAAUAGUACUUCAAACAUUACCACCCCACACAUCUCAUGGUUCUCAACCAUUAGACAGAACUUGCUAUGGCCCGUUCAAACGAUAUCUUAAUCAGGGUCAUGAUGAAUUUAUGCGAAAGAAUCCAGGCAAGGCUAUUAUAAUUUAUGACGUCCCAAUCAUCUCAAAAUUAGCCAUCGAGAAAGCUUUUACCGAACACAACAUCAAGAAAGGACUUUAUGCCACUGGAAUUUUCCCACAUAAUCGUACAGCGAUACCAGAAAAAAUGUAUUCAUUAUCAAAGACAAGUUUACCUGGUACAAAUUUACCAGUAAGUGAACCCACACAUUCCCUUCUGCAGACUUCAAGUUAUGUGAGGGAUGAUGUUGCAACAUUACUGCCUGUGUUGCAACAAGCAGCAACGCAAUAUUCUUUAGCAGUUACAGUACAUGGACGAAUAUUGUUGACUCCAGUAGCUACUAGAAGAAUGGCUCAGCCGCUACGCCUUCAGCAGCUAUCACCGUCCUCUUCUUCGUCGUCAGUUCCUUCUACUCUUAUUACUUCGCAAGCAGAUUAUGCCGUGCCACAUACUCACUCCAAUCCAGUUCAGUGUUAGGAGUACCAAGAUAGAUUGAUUGUUUCUGCUGGAUCGUGUACCCCUACACCUACCGUUCCUUUUCCACAAGAAAACGACGAGAGUUCUUCUAGUGUGACAGUAGCUUCGUCCACUCCAGUCCAGUAUUAUGAACAGCAGGAUCAUAUACCUUUGCAUUCUGUAUCGUGUACUCCCUCUCCGACUAUAUCUGUUCCAGAACAAAACGUCGACGGUUCAUCUUCAGUGGUUCGUCAUUUCGCACCCUGCGACCUACAACCUAUAACCAAGGUGCCACAAAGUGGGCCACGCAUGUUGAAAUCGAAUAAAAGAUUAGGCUCAGCACGCAAUCUAACAAGCGACCAUGAGCUACAGCAGAGUAAAGAGGCUUACGAACAAAAAUUGCGGAAGGAAACGAAGAAACAAGAGGCUGCUCUCAAGAAAGCAAACAAUCAGGCGAAGAACAAGGAACCCAUUAAAACGAAGCCCAAGAAGAAAGCUGAUAAAGAGAACAUUGACCCACAGGACAAUGAAGAGAUCUUUUGUUUGAGGAACGACAACGAGUAUCUACCCCCACAGCCGACAACACCCCAGCAAAAACGCAAGAGGAUUAGCAGAGUUGCUAUAAGUAAACUGAUUUCUCAAUAAAUUAAGUAUUAUCGUUGUGUCCAUAUCACUCUUUGUACAAUAGAAAUAGAAAUAAAAUGAAGGUCUCACAAUCA